AUGAGGAACAAACUAGAUGAACAAUAUGGGAGAUUUCUUGAAAUGUUGAAGGAGUUCCAUCUUUCUAUCCCUCUUACUGAAUCCAUGACACAAAUGCCUAGAUAUUUCAAGUUCCUUAAGGAUAUCUUAAGUGGGAAGAGAGAUUGUAAUGAGAUAUAUUCGGUGGAGCUUGGUGAGUGUUGUGGUGCUUUGAUUCAAAAUGACCUCCCCAAGAAGAUGAAAGAUCCAGGUAAUUUCUCCAUUUCUUGCAAAAUCAAGAGUAAGUUGUUUGAGAAUGCUUUAUGUGAUUUGGGUGCUAGUGUGAGCAUAAUGCCCUUCUCAGUCUUCAAGAAGCUAAAGCUAGGAGAACUUAUUCCUACCAACAUGACUUUGCAAUUGGCCGAUAGGUCUAUCAAGUUUCCAAAUGGAAGAGUUGAGGAUGUUCCCCUAAAGAUAAGUGGUUUUACAAUCCCCGUUGAUUUCAUUGUGCUUGAAAUAGAAGAAGAUGACCACAUUCCAAUUAUCUUAGGGAGACCGUUCUUAGCUACUUCGGGAGCUUUGAUUGAUGUUAAGGGAGGCCAAAUUACCUUGAGAGUUGGUAACAAGAAAGAAAAUUUUGAGCUAAAACCAAUGCAUGAGUCCUUAUCUCUUGUGAAAGGAAUCAAGAGUGAUGAUUCCCUUCGUUCUUUUGACAAUGUGUAUGUGGUUGAUUCUUCAUCUAACAAUAUUCAUGAUAUUUUCGAUGAUGUGCUUGUGAGUUUUGAUUGCAUGAAAGUUAGUGAAGAUAAGAAGGAGCUUCCAAAGGCUAUGAACGAAGAGGAGAUAGACAUUCCUCAUUGGUUUGAGCUCUAA